UCAAACCCGACACUCCCCACAUUGCCGACAAUCAUCGCUUGUUUGCUGACGAGCUUAAACAUUGGCGUAACGUAGUUCCCUUGAAAUUAUUAAAAUCGUUAAGUUCGCAGACCCGGCAUUUUGAAGAGCAGUUCGUCAGCUGGCACGCUUCGUCGACCUUCGCAGCUAUGUUCCAUAAGAGUAUGCCUUUAGUUUAGACAAUCCGCUAAGAUGUCCGAGGCCAGUGCCACGCUGAUCGAAGGAAUCGGCGACGAGGUGCUGGUGUUUGCAUCCAUCUCUUUCACCUUAGUCGCCGGUCUCCUUGUGGUCGUCUACGUCCAGUCGGUUUUUCGACCACGCAGUGGAGCACAGGAUCAGUCUACGCGGCAGGACGUCAGCUCUGCACAGAAUGGCAGUGCCCGUGUUAUGGCCUCUGCGCCAUCCGGGGGGGACCGUGCGUCGCCCAGGCAGACUGAGCUCGCUCCUGGCGACAGUGAAGCGGCGACGAGCGAUUCUUCAGCCAGUCGAGACCGCGGUGACGAGUCCCGGCCGCUGCAGCCGGAAUGCGAGGAACGCAGCGCCGAGGAAGAGCUGAGCCCCGACGUCGUUCGUCAGAGGCGGCUGGAUUUCAUCGAGAGGAGCUCUCGCGUCGAAAGUAUAAGCGGCGUCGAGCCGGUGGAGCCGGACUCGGGUGAAGACUCGGCCCACUCCACCGAGGAAGCAGCACGAGAAGAGGAAGAAGAGGGCUUCGCCAUCCGCCUCAAGUACUUGAAUGACACCGAGCGCUGCGUUAGGGGCAAGCCAGACGAGACCGUAGGAUCGUUCAAGAGGCGCCAUUUUGCUGCCGAGUUGGCGGGCCAACGGCUGGUGCGCUUGAUCUACAACGGAGGUCAGCUCCGCGACGACAACGCACGUCUUUCGUCCUGUGGCCUUAGCGAUGGCUGUGUCGUGCACGUCCACAUCUCGACGGCACCCGUUGUGCAGAACGAGACUUCGUCGGCCAAUUCCAAUGGCGAAGGAGACCUCAACCUCGGUGCCCUCAUGUGGCCACUGUUUGCUGCAACACUGGGCAUCCUGUGGGUGCUGCACUUCCAGUACCGCGAGCUGUUCAACACGUCGUCGACCGUCGUGCUUGUCGGCAUUUCCGGACUGUUCUGUGUCGGUCUGUACGGACAGCACUACCCCCAGUCGCCGGCAACUGCCGAUCAAGGAGGAGGGACGCGGACCACUCCACUGUCGGGACGGUAGACCCCGACGGCACCAGCUAUCCUUCUCGAAUCUCCAUAUUAGGGCACCGGUGAUUCUGAUGUGGAGUUAGUGAUCGAACAGUGCGGUCUACAAGAACUCCUAAUGUGGAAAGGCAAUCAGUGAGUCUAGCGAACAACAUUUUGCGCGGUUUCUGGACAUCUUCAAGUGCUUGUUCAAACAACCUCAGAAGGGGAAUUACUGAAGCUCUUUGUGUGUGCGUGAAGCAGCAGUUUGAUGCAUUUGAUGGUGCUGUGAAAAAAAAAAAAAGAUGAAGUAGCGACAGCGCUAUUGGUGUGAAGCAGUUUGCAUGCUGGAGCGAACUGGGCCAUGAGGGCACGUGUUGCAGCUUCGGCUGUGUUUACACACAGAAUGCACAAGUGAUACGCGUAUACUAAUACGGAUGCAACUAGGCCAAGGGCAUUGAUCAGAAUGUUUGCUGCUGCUGCCUAAUCUUAGGUUUUUCGUUGUCUUACAGCAUACCUGAAGGGUGUUGAUUUGUUUUGUUCGAAGUUUUGUCGAGCUGGUUGUCUUAAAACACCCAGCUGGCACCACUGUGCUUGUACAUAAAUGCAUUGAGGAUUGA